AUGCGCAUUCUGUCGGCAUUCUUCGCAGUGCUCUUCACCUUCAUCAACCCGACAAUGAUAGUGAACGUGAUCUCGCAAAUGGAGGCGUUCCUACACAUGAAUUCUCAACUGCCAGACCAUCUUCGAUUCCUCGCUAUCGACAUGCUCGUUUCUCAUCUCAAAUCGACGGAUCACCGGAUAAAAGCUUACGUUUAUGGAUGCGUCAUCCUGAUUACCCUCCUACACGUCAUGUUCACAUGCCUAUCGUUGUAUGGGAUCUACUCGUGUCGCGCCAAAUUCAUGAAACCGCUGAUAGUGGAUAUUAUAACGAGUUCGAUCUUCCUGCUCCUUUUCGUCUUCUUCUCCCUAUUCAUGUACUGGCGUCUCAACACUCUCGGUUCCAUCACUGAAAAAGAAACAACGAAACUGCAACUUCGAAAUAUGUACGUUGGCGUUGGCUUCCUUAUUGCCUACGGUCUCUGGGCUAUAAUCACUUGUCUCGCUCAUUCCGACACCAAAAAGUUACGAGCUGAUUUCAUGUAUUGGAUAGAAGAGGAGCGGAUGUCGAUGAGAAGUCGACACAAUGUCUCUGUCGAUAAUCGAUCGGAUCGAUCUUCCAAAGGAUCGAAGGCCUCUCGAGCAUCGAAAAGUUCGGCGAGAAGUGCGAAAUCUGAAAUCGGGACGAGCGCGAGUACGGAGAGGAAAUCUCCGAGAGGAGAGGGAUCUUCGUCGAAAGGGGACUAUCAAAAGGUGUCCACAAACUCUUGUAAUACUUCGAUUUGCAAAAAAGUCUCCGUUACUAAUGCUAGAUUGUCGGUUCCUUUAUAA